AUGCUAACCUCCUGCACAAGUUCAACACGGAACUCACGGAUCGAGCGUUUGUGGGUCGAGGUUGGCACCCAAUUUGCCCGGAGAUGGAGAGCCUUUUUUACUCGACUCGAAAAUCAUCAUGGGCUUAACCCUCAUAUCCCUAGUCACAUUUGGUUACUCCAGAGUCUGUUUCUUGACGAGAUCAAUCAAGAUUGCUCAGAUUUUCAAGCAGAAUGGAACUGCCAUCCCAUACGUGGUCCCGACACGAAUAAUAAGAGUCCCAAGGAUUUACGUUUUUUAGGGCACAUGCAGUUUGGCAUGUAUCGCGACGACUGCGAAGGCAUCCAUCCUGACAUAAUCGAAGAAUACUAUGGGGUUCACGGCCAAACUACAACACGGCGGCAACAUCAGACUGGUGCUGGACACCCUAUUGACGAAGAAGACAGUGAUAAUGACGACGAACCUCUGAAUGUGGUUGAGGCCAUCAACGAUCAGCAAAGACAACACAUCCACCACGAAGCCAUUGUUGUUCCAUCACACGGGAAUCCUUUCGUCAAUGACGAAACACAACAGCAGUUUUCUGCCACCCUUGAUGAAGUUAUUGCCGAGGAUAUCACACCACACAAUUGCCGACUGACAGCAACUGAGUGGGACAGUGAUGAAUAUCCAGUCUUCGAGACUAUUUCCGUUGGUCGACGAGGGUCCAAAGAACUCCAUAUCUCACUUGCUGAACCAAUCUGGUUUAAUCGAGCAAAGCUAUGGUGUCAAGCAUUAUUAGUCUUGUCAUAUUUUUUAGCGAGUGGUAGAGAAUAA